AUGCCUCCUCUUCUGUUCCAACCAAGACCUACAGAAGUGAAAGUCGGAUGCGUAAAUCGACCCAACACUAUGUCAAGUUGUGGUAAAUGGAAAAUUGUUACGUCGUUUGAACUCGCCCAAAGAUUGAGUGAUGUUGGUACGAGUUCUUGUUCAUCGGAAAUUCUCAUUGUUGACUGCAGAUCUUUAGUAGCCUUCAACGGAUUACACAUUAGAGGUGCUAUACAUGUGAAUUGCACUGGAAUAGGACGAAAAAGACUUUCACAAGGCAAAGCUAAACUAAAGGACUUAAUAUCUUCUGCCGAGGGCAAACAAAAGUUUAUCAGUGGUGGAGUGGGGACCUCGUUUGUCGUUUACGAUGAGCUGUCAACUGACCCUGAUGACUGUAAUCCUUGUCGACCGAUUUGCUUAGUAUUACAGACUCUUUUAAAAGAAGGCAAGAAUAUUUCAAUACUUAAAGGUAAGUUGGGUUUUAUUAGCACCAGUUUCUUAUACAACGCAAACGCAUAAGUACUGUAUUCGGUCAACCGCAAUUCUUAGCGCGCAUUUUGCGUACACCUUAUGUCAACAAAUGACGCCGUCCGAUCGAGACGCGCGAUAGUUUUCCUUUGUACAAAUUAUAAUCUUCAGUUUCGUCUCCCUUGUUAGUUUUAGAUUUUAAUGCUUAAAAAGAGCUUGAAUUUGGUUUUUGUCGUGCUUAUAUUCAUGCGUAGUCGUUCGUUCGUUCGUAAACAGCUGUAACAUAAAGACAUGGUCACGUUUAAGUUAUUCUUUUGUCAAGAAAGCUUGUGUGACGCAAGUAAGGCUCAGAUACCGAAAAAGCAAUGGUCAUGCUUCGUGAUCAGUUUUGUUUGCUUGCGCAGGAAAUAAUCUGACGUCGGCAUUUUUCGCUGCACGAAUUCCUAUUCCUUUUGUUAAGAGGUGAAAUUGAAAGUGUUUUAGUGGCUUUGUGGGCAACAGAUCCCCCCUCGAGCAACUCCUAAUCUACAUUCUGAACAUUGACUCUUUUAUACCUUCAUUAUCAUAUUAUGUCAUACAAUCAUCCUCAGUCUGCAUUCUUUUCGUAGCAGAAAAGUUAAAAAAAAAUAGCCUAAAGAAGUUUAUAGUUGGAGGUCAGCAUUUAUACUGAAGAGCAACACAGAUUCUGUUUCAUUUCUGCUAUUUUUACCUGGGUAUGCUAAGUAUUUUUUUAAGGAAUAAUUUUCACAGGCAUUUGUCUGAAUUGGGAUUAACAUCUGUAAGGAAUUUUGGUAUGAAAUGUGACUUAACACUGCUGUUAUGAAAAGCAUUUAAAACGCUUGCAAUCACAAAGAAUAGUAUUUAAAGGGUUUAAAUUUACCCAAAUGUGGAAUUGCAUUGCAAACACAUUUCACACUGUCCCGAUAUCAAGCUAUUUUAAACUUCUUGGCUUUCGAAGAGAAUUCUGUUUGUAUGGUGUACUUUUACAAGUCUAUAUUGGAGCUAUCAUUGACAGUCAAUAACCAGAGAUUUUUCCAAACUAUUCUGGUUUUGUUAACCCUGUAAUGCCCAAUAUUCACAUGCAAAUUCUCCAUACUGAUCUCAGUACAUGUCAAAAGAUCAAAACCUUCUCCCUUUGUUGACCAUUUUUUACAUAUUCUCAUUUACCUUUUCUUUUGAUGGUGAAAGGAUGUUGUAAGGAGAAGAUUGAUGUUGGUCACUUUAUUUUCUUUCCUCUUUCAGAAGUAGGUGAAAGUUACUGCAUCAUAGCUAACUUCACUUCUCAAAACCAACAAAGCUUUCCUUUUAGCUUGAGUUCUGUGGUCUUGUAUUUCUAACCACCACAUCUUGAAGCUAUAUCCUUGUUUUCGUCCAAUUCUCAAGUGUCCAAAAAACAAACACUUCAGCUGCUGUUAUGAAUAUCCACCAGUCAGUUUCAGAUUUAAACUUUUUACCGAAAACCUCAAAGAAGUGAUCAGUAAGUAAUCGUUGCCAGCUUAUGACACUGAACCCAAAAGAAGACAGUGCUCAUUAGCUAAGGUUGGGAAAUCUUUGUUCUACCCGUGAAGGUCUGGACAGUGUUUUCAUGACUAAACAUGUUGAAAACACAAUAUCCCCUCUUCCAUGAUUGGACAAAGCAAGUUUAUUCAGUAAUUUUCUAGACUGGGUUGUUUAAAACUGGGUUAAGAUCACCCUGGGUCAGUGCUAUAUUUUAACAAGAUUGCUACUGUUUCUUGAUCAAUGCUUAAAUAUUCAUCUGCAGAUGGUUGACUGUUGAUGGUUUAAUUAUCACUUUGCUGAAGUUAAAGCUGUUGUUUUCAGUUUUUCAUUUCCUUUUCUUCGUUCAUGUUACUCUUUCAUUCACGGUAGAUCCUUGCUGGAUCUUUAAUUUUCAGUGGUAUUCAAUUUUAAACUGGUUGUAUGUUCUUGUUCACUCCAAUAUUCGGGUAUGUUGUAAACUAGCCAUUGACUUGAACGGGUGCUCAAUAUCAAAAUUCCUUAAAUGUCUGAAAUGUUUGGUAGAAUCUUGAAUGGUUACACAAAGGGAUAUUUUCAUCUUUUGGCUGAAAGCUGGAACAAAAUUAUAUGUCCUGAUAAUAUUGGGAAGUUAAAGACCCAAAGGUUAAACUUUACAUUGUUUUUUGUUAGCUUGGUUUAAAUUCAAUUGGAUAUUUGAGGGUAACACUGAAGAUGCAGUUUUUGAUAUGGCCGGCUGCAGUUAGAAGCUUCCUUUCACUGGAGUUUUUCAUAUUAUGCCUCCUGUUGAUGACAGGUCUUUAUAUAUUUUACUGUUCAAAAUGAAAUUUAGUUUAAAAUAGUUUCAGCAUAGUUUUAGUUUCAACUUCUUUUGUUUCGUGACCUUAGUAUUACUCACGGUUGUAAAUAAUGAAAGAACUAAAGAAAAAUGAUCAGGUUAUUGAUUUAUCUGAAUAAUAAGGGUAGGAGGCAAAGAAAAUUGAGAAUUACAUAAGCUAGAUAUUUGACCCUUUUCGUUCCUUCUUAUCUGAAAUAAGGCUGAAAAUUCUGACCUUUCAUGUUGUUCAUGUUUCGCAUCCACCAGUGAUCAAAUUUCAUUAUCCUUUUUGAGAAAAUGUGAAACUUUGACAGUUAAAACCUUUAAUCUCACCAUCAGAACGUGAAUUCUCCCUCCUCUCCCCCUACAAAUUCCCGGCCAUAGUAUACAUUUACUACAUAAGUGAGUUUAUUGCUUGAUCAUGUUUUUGUUUCUUACUGCUUCCCUGAUUGAUUAACGUUUGUCAUGGCAAGGGAGAAAUUUCAAGCUCAUAGCUAUGUAGGGGUUAUAGCUUUAAAACUUAACCAAGGUUAUAAAUUUAAAUAUGUUUUGCAUGCCAUCUGGUUUUCUGGAAAGUUACACUUACUUCUCCCAUGGAGUAAACUCAACAUUCCUAGCCUUCUUAAGUUGGAAGAAUGGGUUUGAAGUGUUAGGAGUUCCAAAGGUCACAAGGAAAUUAAAUGUGCUUAAAAGGGAAAGUGACUGUUUUUGAAAACGAAUCAAGCUAUAUUUUGAAUAAAAAGAAGGGAUGGUUGGUUUGGGUAAUUCUGUGAUAGCUGAUUCCCUCAAGCAGAAUAAUUUUCUCUAAAUUUUUGCUCUUGACAUAUAAUUUACAACAUUUAGGAUACAAUUUCCUUGAGGUAAUAAUUUUUAUUUACCAGGGGUGGGGGGUAGGGUCAGUUAGUAGCAAGGAAAAUAUGGAAGAACUCAUCCAGAACAAUUGUGUUAGGUAACAGCAUGGCUAGUGAACUGGAAACGUAGGCAGAUUUAGCUGACUUAAUACAGUAGGUCACUAAGCUAUCUUGAACAAGAUGUGAUUAAAAUAAAUUUUCUUUCAUCAGCUAAAUAUGGUCAUGCCACAAGGUGGUUUACAAGUAAUUGUAUGCAUUCACUUUUCAAUAUGAAUAGCUGAUUUAAAGGAUUUCCACUGAUUAAUUUGGAGUCUGUCAUAAUUUUUCAUACUUGCAUGUAUUUUUAAUCAGGGUUUUCCCAGGAUCAGGUAAUUGCAUUAAGGGUCAUUUAAUUUCUUCAAUUAAUUCUGCUGUUCUCACUGACCCAUUAAAUGGUAUAUUUGGUUAUGGAGUUAGGUUAAUUUAUAGAAGUAAGCUUUCACAUAAAAGUCCCACUGUUUCGUCCCCUUUAUAUGCUAAAUCAGAUCUAAUUCUCUCAAUAUUGCUGUUAUAGUAACUAGUCAUGAACGAUAUCCUUAUCAAGUUUAGCCUGAGUGGGCAUUAAGGCCCAAAUUGGCACGGUCGAUGCAGACCACUGAGUUGAAAGACUUUACAACACUGACUUCACCCUUUUGAUAUUUUUGUUUCACUAAAUAUGUGUGGUUAUGUGGUUCACAUGUUUUACUUCAAAGUAGCAACUAGGUUCAGUAAUUAGGAAACAACCUGGACAGAACUUGACUGUAAUGCCUUGUAGAAUUUUGUCCUUGGCACCAUUGGAAAUACCAGUGAAAAAACCCUUUGGUGAGUAAGUGAGGAAGUAAUUGACUGAGUGGAAUAGCAGCUUCAUAAUUUCAAGGUGUUACUGUGGGUCAAUUUUGGGCAAUUACAUAUAGGGUUCUAGGUUUUAAGUCAUGAAUGAAAUCCAGUAAUGUGACCACUCUAAUAACACUUCUUUCGACAUACCGUAUUUUUGUCGAUAAAUAACCACAUGAAGUUUGGGAGUUAAGUAGAAUUUUGCUGAUUGGAUGUGUACUCUUGUGAGUGGAAAGGGAAACUGUCUUGCCUAGAGUUAUGGAGAUAUGAAACAGAUUUUAAAAUUUGGACUGAAAUGAACUGCACUUAGUCGUAUUUUAAACUGGUACUGUUUGCUUUAAAGCAAUUCGAAAAGAUUAAAUUGGGAUUUUAUGUAAUUAAUUUUUCUGAUUGUAUAAUCUUGAGGAUGAAAAAAUACAUUUAUAAACGAUAUUUGGAAUGCUUCUCGGUGUUUGGAUUUUAGCACCGUUGGAAAUCGCAUUUGAUAAUUCUGAGAGGCAGUCAAGUAAUUGCAGCAGCAAUAAUAUUGUUCUCGCUCAAUUUCAUCAGAUUCAGCUCUUGUGAAAUGCGACGUUUGAACCGCGCCUUACAUGUAAAUCCGUUUUUUUUUUAAUGCAAGGUAAAAUUGUACUCAUUAGUGUUUGGUUACAACUUCUUGUGCAAGAUUCCGUUAUGCCAUUCGUUAGGUCGCUUAAGCAUGCUUUUGCUCUGGAAAAGUUUGUCUUCACCUCGAGCACGCCCAGUUGUGUCGUAGUUUUUUCAAUGUGUCGGUUAAGUGCUUUUGAAUGGCCGUUUUGAGAAGUUCCCGUAACCUGCCGUUUUAUUGAAAGUGUUCUGUACAAUAAGCUUGAAGAACUUUGACCACUUUUAAUAAUCGUUCGCGGACAGAGACUAGAACUUGUGUACAUGUGCGCGAGUGAAAGGUGAUAAGUUUGAUGAGUGAAUUUCUUUUUACUUUUCUGAUGUUAUGUACGGACGAAACAUACUACACCUAUUCACGGUCAAUUUAUUUAUUUAAUUUUUUUUUUCACCGUGCUUCAAGUAGCAUGUUAUUUGAAGGACGGAGGGUUAACUAGUUUGUUGACUUACGUUCUUUAAAAAAACAAAAAAAAAGCGUUUAGUAGCCUGAGAACCACUCAUAGCUUCGAUUCACAUCAGGCAUAGCUUUCUUUAGGUUUUCUGCAGUGUCGUUUCUUGAGGUUUGUUUAUUUUUCGAAAAGCAUCCAAGCAUUUCUCUGUUUAUCAAUGAUGUUGUGGUUUGCAUUUUAAAUUCCACAUUUUCACUUUCCGAAAAGAAAAAAUCAUGUUUCUUGUCUUGUCGCAGAAGUUUCGCUUCCUAGUGUUGAUGGGCAACUUCUUUGGUAAUUUGUUUCCCAAGACCUUCAACGAUCUAAACCGUUAAUCGUCUGUCUGUCCCUGUGUGAACUGAGUGAAACUCGUGAGGUCGACUUGUGGCAAGUCUAUGCAGUACCUUGCAAUUGUCUAAUAAAGCUUGUAUCACCUCCAGCUAUGUCGACGAUAUUUCCUUCGAGGUCUUUAGAUAACGGUAUUUGGGUGAGUUAGUUGCACUUUGAGUCAAGAUGUUAAGUUGCGCUUGAUCACCCUCUUCGUUCGCGGAUAGAUUGGAAAUAAGCCGUUAGACACUGUCAAAUUACCUCAUGACAGCAUAAAAGCUCUUUAUUUUCUUUAUCCAGCAUAAAUUCUACUGUUGCAAAAACCCGCGGGCCCUCAGAGAGGCGUAUCUUGCCUGUCAAAGUUGGGCGGACACGUGAAUGGUUCCAUGUUAGUCGGCCAGCCUUUUUCCCGAUACGAUUUAUAUCUGGAGUCUUUCGUAGCGCGUAUUUAGCCUUCGAUUGCUAAUUUGAAUGCGUUUUGUGAAAUCGCAACUGCAAAACUCGCAGGUAAAUUGAGCAAGCUGAAAAGUCUUGGUUGACAGGUGUUUUGGCAGUGAGGCACCAGUGCGUAACACUGGAAAAUAAUUAGUCAAGCUAAAGAGAGUGUAAUUGUUAAGUCAUUAUUAAGUAAUACCUGCCCGUUUCUCUUUUCUCAAUGACCUAAUGGCGUCGUUCUCUUUACGUAUGUUUGUGGUGAAAUUAGAAACUGUGGCGAGUCUUGUAGUUUGUAGAAGAAAAACUGCAAAAGCAACGAGGAAAUAUGAACGCGCGGUGCUGUGGAACGCGAGUGGGGCUUUUGCAAAGACGGCGCUCUCAUCUUACUGGUAAUUGUGCACCUUUAAUAACUGUGUUGGCUGCCCAACAGUGCACUUGUAUGCUAUAACAGGUGGUUGUCUUCAAAGUCAACAGUCGUACUUCCAAGUUGCUGGACCUUUUUCUGCAGUUAUUAAGUUGCAAAGAGGUACCUCGACAAAACGUAUCUUGGGGUUGUUACAAGCGCGAUCAAUUUGGCUUUCUUUAGUCUCCAGAGCCUUUCAAUAAUCAGAGUUGUGUUUUGUCAUCCUUCGCUUGACUUGACAUCUUAUUAUAACUUUGAUUACAGCGAGAAAGUCAGCUUGGAUUUGUUUGUUUCCUGCAUUGAGUUAACUUUUCGUGGGUUUGAACUCUUACUUUGCAGUGAUCUUUUUGUACUGGAGUGUGGUGAGAACUCGUCAAAAGCUGCAGGCGCUCUUCCGGUUUUCUUAUUGUUGACUAUACAAUCACUUCCGGUGCCGUAGUUAUGUUUGGUACCCGCUGUCGCACAAAGAUGUUCAACCGUCUAAGUUGUUUCCCUGGUUUCAUUCUAAGACCCUGGUGCAAUUGUUUAGCCUCAUUAUUACCUGUUGUUGUUGUUGUUUUUUUUCAAAAUUGGUACUUGUUAUGGACGGUUCCCGUUGGUAUUUACCUAUUUUUGCGCGUUUCUCCGGGUCUUCAUUCUCUUUGUGGUUGCUUAUUGUUCCAGGCUGUCAUUAUGUGUAGUGCUGUUUAUACAACAAUGUGCGCGGCUCAAAUUCUAGCUGAACUAGUAGCCGAUUUGCGUUGAAAAAUCAACUCCCGAUGCUGAAUGAAUGUAUUCUAAGAAUUCUUUUGAAAACAUGGUCAAGCGCCCGGGAAGAGAAUGACAGAAUUAAUUUGUUUAUAUGUUGUAAAAAUCUCAAAAUUAAAACAAAAAACAAAUAUAUGGCAAGGCAACUUUCUUGUCUUUGGUAAAUUCGCAGCAAAAAUGACCGCGAACAAACUUACCAAGCUUGAUAGCCACGACAAGCGCGGGUGAUUACAUGCGAACAAGCCAUGAGUGUUGGUGCUCUAAUAUCAACCUAUGUACAGUGCAGUGGCAAAUCCAGACCUUCAGAUAAGGUGUGUGUGGGGGGAGGGGCGGGCGAGCCCCACGGGCCCCUCCCCUGUUUCCGCCACUGCAGUGGAACCCCGCCUUACGACCACCGUUUUUAUACGACCACCUCGUGUUUACGACCCUAUUCUUUCGACCCAAAUGUAAAAAUCCCUGAGUUAUUUUAUUUUUUUGAAGAGCUCUUUAAUGCGACCACCUCGUUAUUGCGACUAGGAUUUUAUGGCCCAACGGUGGUCACUUUAACCCUUUAAACCCUAACAUCAAAAUUCAAAUUCUCAUUUGUUAUCCCUAUACGUGAAGGCCACCAUUAAAAACCGUUUUGUGUUUGUUAAUUUUUUUUUCUCACAGGAGGACUAAAGGAAUUUUGUAGGGACUAUCAGAACUUAUGCGAAAACGUUCCGGUUAAUAUCUGCCAAUCUGCGGACUUCCCACCCUCUCCGACCACAUGUGAACCUGUUCCAGGUCGCCCUCAGGGAACGCCCGUUACGGCCAUCCUACCUUAUCUGUAUCUUGGCAACGAAGAAGGCGCCGCUGACGAAGCCUUGAUUGACAGGCUGUCAAUCAAGUACAUCCUUAACUUGACGCCGCGAUGUCCGAAUUUUUUCAGCCAGCGGCCAGACAUUCAUUAUAAGCAGAUUAAAAUACACGACUCGAAUCAAGAGGACAUCGGUCAGCACUUCGAUGAAGCAAUUCAGUUUAUUGGUAAGUUAAAAUACAGUACUUCAUUGGUGAGCAUUGGGAGACGGCGCUCUGGUAGAAACACAAGCGAUUUGGUUUUCUAGUUAAGCGCGAACCAUCUCGUGAAUUUGUCCAGGUGGACCAAAAAUGGGUGUUUUAUAAGUGAGUGCUUGCGUAUUUCAAGCUGUGCAAGGUGUAUUGCGCUAGAACAAAAAGGCAUUUUGAGACACGUAUCAAGGCGCAACUCAGCGCACCAUUUCGCCAGGAGGUAAGUUCGUUUAUGCUAAAACUAACAAGCACUAUCCUAAUUGUGUGAAGCAAGGAAUGGGUAACCUGACUUUCCCAGAAGGACACGUGACUAUUUCAGACAGUUACAAGGUAAAAGAACAAGUGUUUGAAAAGUUUGUUCUUGUGUGUUCUUUAGUUGAUGGGAUAUUCCUGUCUUGGUGUCAUGGCGCCUUUAUUGUUGGAAUGCCUGUGGUGUCAUGGCGCUUUGUUACUGGGAUACCUGUGGAACUGUGUCGUGUCCUCCUUGUGCAGUACUGCGAGGCACGGUUCCAGUCUGUAUCAGAAUUUCCCAGUGUACACCGGUGGCAAACGAAGAAGAACUGAAGGCAGAUGGACUUGUGUCACCGGUGAAUGAGGAAAGGAUCAAUCAUCGAAGUCAAGAAUUGAAGUCAAACAUGAGUUGGGUUACUUCGACAAGUAAUUACAAAAUUCAUUUGUCGUUAAACACGCAGUAUAUUAAACCCAUCUAGUGAUAUGGAAACCAUGAAUUGCGAUCAAGUAACGCAACUUCGUUUCUCACGGUUUUCUUUCUUUCGCAGACGAAGCCCGUGAACACGGAUAUGGUGUUCUUGUUCACUGUCACGCCGGUGUGUCACGCUCGGCGACCGUGACGGUAGCCUACAUCAUGAAGCAACAAGGCCUGUGCUUAGGCGACGCGUACAAAUUUGUCAAGGAGCUGAGACCAGUGAUUUCGCCAAACUUAAACUUCAUGGGGCAACUCCUUAAGUACGAGAAAAAUAGGAGAAACGGCGACAGUUCCUGA